ACCAGGAGGGCAGGAACUAAGGCAGGGCUUAGUGAGAAUCCCCCUCACUCUCAUCCCUUUUUCUUACCCUGCCUACUUCCCAGAGACUCAGAGAAUGUCUCGGGAGAAUGACACUUGGAAAAAAGAGACCCUGGGGGAUGAACUUGCUGCUCUACGGCUUCAGAAGCUGGAACAGCAGUGGCAACUGUUUGAGAAGAAGCAACGACGGAAACGCCAGGAGCCCCUCAUGGUUCAGGCCAAUCCUGAUGCUUCCAUGAGGCACCGGCGACUGCGGUGGCGAGAGGAGCACUUCCUGAGUGACACCGGCAUUGGGAACCCUUUUCUCCAAGAGAAUAUGCCAGAGGCCCAUCUGCGUUUGAGUGCUCACAGUGCCCCAGUUACCAGGAACUGUGGUGGAGAUGGCGUUGGCGAGCACAGGCCCCUGGUGUCACUGGCAGAAGCAGACAGUUCCGAUCCAGAGCUGGAGGAAGUCUUCGUGGAAGAUUUUCCUGAAUCCCUUCCAUCCUAUAGAGAAAGGCUUCUGGGAACUUGUCGCAGGGGUUGGCUAGCCCCACGACAGCCUGGGGCCAGUUCAGAAGACCAGAGUGAACUCCAGGAUGUCCAAGAUGAAUAUGGGGCACCCAAUCUGGCACAAACCCCUGGAAUGGAUGGUGACGGGGGACAUGGAGGCUUGGCAUUCUUCAAGGGAGAAGACCUGGAAGAAGAGCAAGAGGAGUUGGAGUCUGCAGGGGCGAGCUCCGCAGCUGCCGCCAAGGAGGUGUCCGCGGUCCCGGAAAGCGUGAGCUGUACAGCCAGCUGCUUCGUGGAGGGCGGGGCUGGCUUGCUACCCCGUACCCCUGGCCUUCUGCUGGGAGAAGACUUGGAGACCUACGUCCUGCGGCCAGCGCAGCGGGGCCACAUGGUGCAAUGCUGCAUCAGCCGCGACAAGCAUGGCGCCGACAAGGGCUUGUUCCCCAUUUACUUCCUCUACCUGGAGGCAGAGAACGGCCGGAAGCACUUCCUCCUGGCUGGGCGAAAAAGAAAAAGGAGCAAAACUUCUAAUUAUCUAAUUUCCCUGGACCCUGAAGAUCUGUCUCGGGAUGGGGACAGCUUUGUUGGCAAAGUCAGAUCUAAUGUAUUGGGCACCAAGUUCAUCAUCUUUGACAAUGGGACAAGUCCUGACCGGAAGCAUUUGGUAUCAAACACUGACCGGCUCAGAGAGGAGCUGGGAGUUGUAUAUUACGAGACUAAUGUUUUGGGAUUCCGAGGGCCUCGGAAAAUGACUGUGAUCAUCCCAGGAACCGACAGCCAGGGCAAAAGAAUCAGCAUCCAGCCACAAAAAGAACAAGAGUCGCUAAUGAAUCGCCUCCAACGGGGGUCCGGCCAGGGGCUGGUCCUGCUGCAAAACAAAACCCCAUCCUGGAGCGACGAGAGCGGCGCCUACGUGCUCAAUUUCCACGGUCGAGUCACUCGGGCUUCUGUCAAGAACUUCCAGAUCGUGCACCCUGAAGACCCGGACUACCUGGUUCUUCAAUUUGGCCGCGUGGCCCCAGAUAUGUUCACUAUGGACUUCAGGUUCCCGCUUUGUCCGCUCCAAGCCUUCGCUAUCUGCUUGUCCAGUUUCGAUGGGAAGCUGGCAUGUGAGUAA